CAUGAUCCCCGUGGUUCAGUUGGAAAAGUCACAGGACAGAGAGGGACGCAUGGACACUACAGAGCUGGGUGAUGAGCUGCAGUGAACUGGGAUCAUGUGGUUGUGAAGCGAGGAGGAGACGAGAAAGAAAAGUGCUGGAGCUGUGGCUGGGAGCGGAGACAGGAUGUUUUCUGAUCUCAUGUGUCUGGAUUCUGGAGAAGGCAGAGAGCGUUUAGUGUCGUACAUAUGAGGCCGUCCUCCUGGAAAUGUGCCGACUUCAUUGCUUUUGAGAUUUAAACCCAGGGGACAGAGGAAGACGAGGAGGAUGCUGCAGUGACAGAACAGAAGGAGCUGGGUUUGCAUAGAUCAUAUCAGUGCAUCAUUCCACCCUGAGCGGGGACUUGCCCAGCCUUCGCAGGAUUUGAUACCAGACGGUCUCACCAGAGUAAAUGUUCAUGUCCCCCGCUGUCAGUGUGGAGUAGUGCUGGAGGCUGCGGGGCGGCUGUGUGAAGUUCCUGCGAGUGCAGCGGAGUGGCAUUCGCUCACAGAGAGACACUUGUACAGAAGGAGAGGACUGGCGCUCUUUUUCUCACAGGAGAAUAAACAUAUAUAUAGAAAUAUAUAUAUUAAAAAAGAAAAAACGCAGUCUCACACCUCUGCUGCCCUGCACGGUUGCGUCGGUUGUGGCAGCACCUCUGGGAUUUGAAGGAGGCGGGCUGCUACUGCUGACGGGAUGGUGGUGGCGUGGUCGCCUCGGGAGCGAGCCUGGCAGGCUGUUCUCCUGGUGACUGGACUGGCAUCACUGAGCUGUGGGUCUGAUGCCAACAUGUUGGACGCCAUGCUUCUGAAGAACGGAUGGAAGGGGGGAUUGCAGCGAAAGGCGGAGGAUAGCAGCAGCACGGCCACUGUUUCAUCUCAGAAACUGCUCUGGUGCUACUGCAAUCACCACUGCCCGGAAAACUCUGUCAACAACACCUGCAUCACUGACGGAUUCUGCUUCACCAUGGUUGAGGAGGAGGAGGGCGGAGUGGCUGUGCUCACCUCAGGUUGUUUAGGACUCGCUGGUUCUGAGUUCCAGUGUCGAGACACGGGGAAUGCACGUUCCAGGAGAGCUCUCGAGUGUUGCACAGAUCAGGACUACUGCAACCGAGAUUUGCAUCCUACUAUUCCUCCUCCGCUCAUGACGUCAGAUUAUGUGGACAGCAGCAUCCAGUACAUGGCUCUCUUCAUCUCAAUCACCGUCUGCACCAUCAUCCUCGGCCUCGUCCUCGUCUUCUUCUACUUCAGGUAUAAGCGGCAGGAGUCACAGCCCCGCUACAGUAUCGACCUGGAGCAGGACGAGACCUACAUCCCCCCCGGGGAGUCUCUUAAAGAUCUCAUAGAGCAUUCCAGGAGUACAGGCUCUGGCUCAGGGUCAGGACUCCCUCUACUGGUGCAGCGAACCAUCGCCAAGCAAAUUCAGAUGGUGAAGCAGAUCGGAAAAGGGCGAUACGGAGAGGUGUGGAUGGGCAAGUGGAGAGGAGAGAGAGUGGCAGUCAAAGUCUUCUUCACCACAGAGGAAGAGAGCUGGUUCAGAGAGACUGAGAUUUAUCAGACCUUCCUGAUGAGACAUGACAACAUCCUGGGAUUCAUAGCUGCCGACAUUAAAGGAACCGGCUCGUGGACUCAGCUCUACCUGAUCACAGAUUACCACGAGAACGGAUCAUUAUACGACUACCUCAAGUCCAACACGUUAGACGUCAAGUCUCUGCUGAAACUGGCCUACUCCUCCAUAUCAGGCCUCUGCCACCUGCACACCGAGAUCUACGGCACGCAGGGCAAACCGGCCAUCGCACACAGAGACCUGAAGAGUAAAAACAUCCUGGUUAAAAAGAACGGAUCCUGUUGCAUAGCAGACCUUGGGCUGGCUGUCAAAUUCAACAGUGACACUAACGAGGUGGACAUCCCUCCCAACCUCCGCGUCGGCACGAAGCGCUACAUGCCACCUGAAGUGUUGGAUGAGACAUUGAACAGGAGCUACUUCCAGUCUUUCAUCAUGGCCGACAUGUACAGUUUCGGCCUCAUUGUUUGGGAGAUUGUGCGACGUUGCAUCUCUGGAGGCAUUGUGGAGGAGUAUCAGCUGCCCUAUCAUGACCUCGUGCCCACUGAUCCCUCCUAUGAGGACAUGAGGGAGGUUGUGUGCAUUAAGAAACAAAGACCUUCCUUCGCUAAUCGCUGGAGCAGUGAUGAGUGUCUACGACAGAUGGGAAAGCUGAUGUCUGAGUGCUGGGCUCACAACCCGGCGUCUCGCCUCACAGCCCUGAGGGUGAAGAAGACCCUGGCGAAGAUGUUAGAGUCCCAAGACAUCAAGAUGUGACAGAGAAUCAAGAGAGAUGCUCUCAUCACCCAGAGACUUGUCACAGCCAGUGUCACAGCUCCGCUCACACUGGCCAAUGGACGAAAGGGAAAAAAAAAGUGGAGGCUAUGAACAAUGGGACAAAGGAAACUGACAGGGAACAAGAGCGAUGGACGUAAUCGUCGACUGGGAGCCAGAAGAAUGAGAGGUGAAAGAUUUAUUACGUCAGGGGGAGAUCUGACGUCCCGUUGUCUUCGUAACCUUGGACAAAAGUGUUCAGGUUGUGCUUUCUGUGAAAGCUUGAGUGGUCGUCGGGGUCCGGACGGGGACCCUCGCAGAUGAGUUUACUGAAAAUCCCUCUGAUCGGUUUGUACAGAGGAAGCUCCUGCUCUGCUCUUCUAAAGCCAUAUAGCAGUAAUCCAUGUGCAGUCUUUUGUACCGUCACAGCUGCCUUCAUAUAUGUUGUUUUUGACUGCAUGCUGUGAUCUCAUAGCAGAUGUUCAACUUCACUGUCAAUCCCCUCCAUAGUGACCGUCAUCCAUCCCAAGAGAAGACUGAUUCAUGCCCAGUGCCCCCUUUGUCAAAUAUAUUAUUAUUUUUAUUAUGACAGAGUAAAACUAAAUUAAUUAUAUAAUGUAUUUUAAAGUACAGUUUAUUUCAAUAUUAAAAGAAGCUCAGUGGGUAAAAAGUGUGACAUCACUGAUGGAUUUGUGAUUCUUCCAGCCUCCAGAGCUCAGACUUGGGCCUCGUCCUUCCUCAUUGUCUCUAUGGUGCUCAUAUUGUAGCACUGCAUUUGUGAGUGUGUCUUUGGAGAGUUGUGUAACUGUAUCUCAAUCUGCUUGUGCAUUAUCAGAUUUGUAAACGUGUAAAAAUAAUCUGUAUAUGUAUAUUGAGAUUUACACACAUGUGGACAAAUCUGCAAAUGUGUGUAUAGAUCUGUGAUAAAUCUAUAAAUACAUUUAAAGAUGCUUACACCUGAAAAAGUGUUUUGCUCCAAGAGACAAGUCAUCGCUUUCAAUGUACGUAUUCAGCAUGUUUUUUUUUAAUAUUCCUGUUUGCAUUAACAAAUCUCAACACACAUUUGUGGAUUCUUUUAGACGUGUACAAAUCUGAUUCUGCUCACACGGAUUGAGAUACAGAUACACAACUCUCCCCACAGACACACAAAUAAUAUUGCUAAAAUACUGGCUACUUCUUUCCACUCACAAUUCAUUUGUAAGUUGAUGAGCUGGAAUCUAUUACUAAUUAUCACCUUGCCGGAUGUUAAACUAUGUUUCUGAUGAUGUGUGUGUACAGAAUACGUCCCGUCCACUCUACCACUGCGGCAUGUGCCUUAUUUAAUCUGUACAUAUGUGAUUAGGAGAGUGUACGAGUGGACCGGGAGAACAUUCCCUAAUAAAACGACUGUGUCUCGAAGGCACUCUGUGUGUCUUACUCUCACAAUUCAAA